CUAUUAGUGCCAAUAAUCUCAGCGCAGAUUAGUUUCUUUGAUAAUCGUUUCCCUCCGGCGCCGGCGACCAGACGUACGGUCCUUCGAAACGGUGCUUUCAAUGGCAGACGCAAUGCAGCCCUUCAACAGUCGCCCGCAGAUGAACCACAAGACCAACAGAUAUCGCAAAUACACGAGGACUCUGUACAAGAGGGCCAGGAUGUGGACAGUCAGAGACCUAUAGUUCAACCCCCAGUGCCAACACAGCGUCCACAACGCGGCCAACAACCAGCUCCUAGUCGUACCCAAACCGGCUUUCCUUCAAGAGUUCCUCAACAACAACAACAACCACAGCAAGAGUUUGAUGGCAUCGGACAGACACACGUCGGCACUGAUGACGGAUCGGAUGAGGUGUUGACCCAAAAGGAGGACUCAGCCCUCACAGACAUAUCGAUGGAAGACGUGUCGACCGAACGCGUGACCCCUGGAGUCACCUUCACGUCCACCGAAGACACCACCAGAGAUGACUUCACGCCCACAGCACCCGUCCAGAGACCUCUCACCACAACCACCACUGGAACCACUGCAGGACAGAGGAAGGGUGGGUCCAGAGGUGGACAGACUGGUAGUCGAGGUGUUCAGAAACCGAUAUCAGGCGGCAGCCAAAGGGGUGGAACUACACCUCAAAGACCCACAACUCCGCGCCGGCCAUCAGCUCCGAGAGAGAGACAACAAGUGACACAAGUAAUGGACACAGUUGUAGACAUUGACGGACAGACACCCGUAGACCAGACCAGUGAUGGACAGGUGGAAGACGGAGGAGCGAGCGGUGGUGUUAGAGGAGGACAGACACCAGACACUGAUCACGACAGGACUCAAGCGGGCGGUGUGGGCGGCGGUGACCAUGGAGUACACGACGACGGACACCACGACCACCACUCGAGUGAUCCCAUCCAAUGGCUUCGGGACGCUAUACGUGGAGAGCCCGGCGCUGAUUACCCCAUAUUUUAUACUCCGCCCGAAACUGGAUUCAAGUGCACUGAUCAACAGUUUCCCGGGUAUUACGCGGAUGUGGAGGCGCGCUGUCAGGUGUUCCACAUCUGCCAAGAAAAUGGUCGCUCGGAUGCCUUCCUGUGUCCGAACGGAACGGUAUUCUCUCAGCAGUCGUUUGUCUGCGUUUAUUGGCAUGACUUCGACUGCUCGACUGCCACCCAAUACUAUAACCUCAAUCAACAGCUAUAUUCUGCCCCCGAAACCAGUCAGCCCUCACAGGACGCCCAACCAGUAGACGAUGGCUUCGAGAAGCCCAGCUCUCCUCGAGCGGGAGGCAGACCUUCCGCCCCGUCAGGCGGUCGUCCCGCUGGUGGCCGACCAGUAGGCGGAGCGCCCGUUGAUUCGGUUGGCGGCCGACCCGGCGGACCGACUGACGAAAGAAUUCAAAUGCCUUUUGACGACUCGGUUGAGGGUCAGGAGGAGGACACCGGAAAGGGAACGGACACCGAAUCACCUCAGGUUCAGACGGUUACCGAUGGCUCACAAGAGGUCAUCGGCGACGAGACACCGGCUUUCGAUGGGGUCACCACUACUACUCAAACUGGUUUGAGAGCACCUAAUGGUCGACCCUCUGGUGGCCUCAAAGGAGUCAAAAGUGGAAACGGCGGUAGUCGACCCGCAAAGAUGGGCGCACCCGUCACCAGAAAGACGGCUCAAACAGGUGUUCCCCAACAACGCAUUCCUAUCACAACUACCCGACCAAUUGGUGGUUCCCGACCGUCAAAGACAGGCAGUUCGCGACCGUCGAUCACUGGCGGUCAGCCAUCCAUUCCCAGCUCACCCGCAGAUAAUGCACGCAAUGGCUUAACAAAAUCAGUCAGACCUCAGACCAGUUUGAAUGGAGGACAGGUGGGAUCCCGACCCCGCACUAGUGGUGGCACUAAAUCUGUUUAUAGGACACAACAGCUGAAGGAGUUGGACGGACAACAGUCUGCGCCCAACAGUUGGUAUUACUAUUUCAAUCUGUAA